AUGAAGGAAGGCCAUCUGGGUAUUUCCCUCUUCUUUAUUCUCUCUCUCACCUCUCAGUUAAGCCCAGAUAGCUCACCAAUGCGCGCUCUGAGAGUCAGCCUAGGAAAUCCACCAUCACUAAAUUGGUCUGACUCGGACCCGUGUAAAUGGAGUCACGUUACAUGUGGGAACGACAACUUGGUGACCCGUAUCCAAAUCAGGAGCUUGAACCUGAAAGGAAAGCUUCCUCCAGAUCUAAGGAACCUCACUUCCUUGACUGUCCUGGAAGUGGCAAACAAUCAGCUCACAGGGCCGAUUCCAAGUCUUGCCGGUUUGAGUUCCCUUCAACAAGUGUUUUUCAACAACAAUAGUUUCUCAUAUAUACCCUCUGGUUUCUUUACUGGAUUAACGUCUUUACAUUCUAUAAGUCUUGAUUAUAAUCCAUUCUCUUCCUGGGAAAUUCCUGAAAGUUUGAAAGAUGCUACGGCUUUGAAGAAUUUUUCUGCAAACGGGGCCAAUGUUUCCGGGACUAUUCCAGACUUUGUAGGAGGAGAUACAUUUCCAGGAUUAACGAAUUUGCAUUUGGCUAUGAACAAUCUCCAAGGACCAAUUCCAGGGAGUUUUUCCCAAUCUUCCAUUCAAACACUCUGGUUGAAUGGCCAAACCAGUUCUUAUAUGCUCAAUGGAUCAAUUACUGUGUUACAAACCAUGAAGUUUUUGACUCAGCUUUGGCUUCAUAAAAAUUUAUUCUCAGGUCCUUUGCCAGACUUUUCCGGGCUUAUAAAUUUGGUGGAUUUAAGUUUGAGAGAGAAUCAAUUUACAGGUAUUGUGCCUUUGUCUUUGGUUAAUCUUCCCAAGCUUACUACUGUCAAUUUGACUCAUAACUUUCUUCAGGGUCCGACUCCAAAUUUUAGUAAUUCUAAUGUUCAUGUUGAUAUGGAAAAAGGGACCAAUAGUUUUUGCUUGGAUGAUCCUGGUCUUGAAUGUGAUAUUCGGGUUAAUAUCUUGUUAUCAAUUGCGGAUUCUGUGGGCUACCUAGUGAUUCUUGCAGAUGAUUGGAAAGGAAAUGAUCCUUGUGCCAAUUGGAAGGGCGUCACAUGUGAUAGUUACAAUAAUAUUACCGGUGUUGAUUUCAAUAAUUUUGAGCUUUCAGGUGCAAUUUCUCCGAAUUUUUCUAUGGUUACAUACCUGGAACGUUUGAUACUUUCAAAUAACUCACUUACGGGUACUAUACCGAAUGAGCUUACAAUUCUGCAAAAUCUUGAGGCAUUAGAUGUCUCCAACAAUCAACUUCAUGGUAAAAUGCCAACAUUCAGAAACACUGUAACUGUUAACUCUAAUGGGACUGGUAUCGAAACAGAUAAUAAUACUGUCCCUUCUCAGCCAGGACUACCGCCCAGUAACAAUGGUAACGGAGGAAAAAGUUUAUCUAUUGGUAGGGGUAAGAGUUUGAAUCUUAGAAUUGUCGUGGGUUCUGCAAUUGGGGCUGUCUGUGGUAUGUUUAUUGUUAUAUUUGGUGUUUGUAUGUGUAUCAGAAAACAGAAGUCUUUUGGGUCCAUACUGAGUCAGGGUACUGGAGAAAUACUUGCUUCUGAUGAUGGGGAUGCAAAUGAGGUUAAGACUACAGCAUCAAAGUGGAGUGUUAGUGCUGGAAGUGAGUUUGGAUAUAUGUUUAAUUCAAUUCAAGUUUUGAGAAAUGCAACGAAUGAUUUCAGCGAUGAAAAUAUUUUAGGAAGAGGUGGUUUCCAGACCGUUUUCAAAGGCAAAUUGCAGGACGGGACAGAAAUUACUGUUAAGAGGACGGGAUCUGGAGUGGUAAGUGAGAAGGCCUUGGUAGAGUUUAAGUCUGAGAUUGAAGUUCUCACCAAGGUUCGACAUCGACAUUUGUUGACACUUCUCGGUUAUUGCCUUCAUGGGGAUCAGAGGUUUCUUGUUUAUGAAUACAUGCCCCACGGAACCCUGUGCAGGCAUUUGUUCAUCUGGAAAGAAGAGGGAUUAAAGCCACUUGAGUGGAAUAGAAGGCUGACAAUUGCCUUGGAUGUGGCUAGAGGUGUUGAGUAUCUACAUGGUUUAGCACACCAAAAUUUUAUUCAUAGAGAUCUUAAACCAUCCAACAUUCUUCUUGGAGAUGAUAUGAGGGCUAAGGUUGCAGAUUUCGGAUUGGUUCGACUUGUUCCAGAAUACGGAAAAAAUUUAAUUGAGACAAGAGUAGCCGGAACAUUUGGGUAUCUCGCCCCAGAAUGUAUAGUAACUGGACGAGUUACUACAAAGGUUGACGUGUUCAGCUUUGGAGUAAUCUUGAUGGAGUUAAUCACAGGCAGAAAAGCCAUUGACGCAACCUAUCCAGAGGAUAUGGUUCACCUUCUCACAUGGUUUUGUAGUAUGCAGAUUGAGGAAGACACAUUUCGAAAGGCCAACGAUGAGACAAUUGAACUCAAGGAGGAAACAUUUGCCAAUAUAAGGAAAGUGUCGGAGUUGGCGGAUCACUGUUGCGCGAGUGAGCCUCACCAGAGGCCUGACAUGAGUCACGUAGUGUAUGUUCUUUCAUCUUUGGUUGAUUUUUGGAGGCCGGCCCAACCAGUUUCCGAUGAUAGCCGUGGAUUUUUUGACUUCGACAUUAGCUGUACAAGUCCAGAGAUGACAAAUUACUUCAUUUCAAGUUCAGAUUCCCGGCCUUUGGUUACGAUGGAGGAACUACACCAUACUGCACCAUAA